GCCCAGACUGGCAAUCUGUGGGUUCAGGCAAAUGCCAGAGGGGCUGCUGUAAGGUGCCAUAGACGGUCAGUAUUUAAUGGGCCUGUGGGAGGCUGUCUGGAUCUGCGCUCAGAGGAGAGUGGCAGUUACAUAUGUGCCGGGGCAGUAAUUUUAUAUAUGGGCAACUAGCGAUAUAUUCUAAUUUACAUACACUAUUUUGAGUGAUGGAAUAUUCUAUUUUACUCUAUAAAUAUAUAUUUUCAGUUUAAUAGCAUAAUCAUAUUUCAAUGGCUAAAAGGCAGCUUGCCCAUCCUUCUUUCUACCGCCCCCCGUUUCCCCUUUAUUCAAGCUGCUUAUGUGUCGUUCUGUGCUACGUCCCCCCACUCCUGCAAACACAUAACCGUGCAGCGCAGGCGUACAAACGCCCUGCAGAUUCCAUCAGGGAUAGAAUCCUUAUCACGCUAGGGAGUAGUGUGACACAAUGGACUUGAUAGUGACAAAGGCAAAAAGUGAACCUGAGAUUAGUGCCCCUUCGGGCAAAGUAACCAGCGAGGGCACUGGGCUGCUGGCUUCCUCUCAAACCCAAGCAGUAGUACAGCUGCCUCCAGCUUUUUCCUCAGAGAUGCAGCACCCGCAGCAGAUGGAGAAGAAAGGGGCUGAACCUGUUAAAGUAGCUGUGAAUGCACGGUUCCCCUUUAGAUGGUCUGAGCCCCAAGAAGGGAUACCAAGGUCUCCACAAGACAACCCUAUAGAGGUCCAAGAGACAGACUAUCAAACCUCCUCUCAAGAUGCUGAAGGGAGGACUGGUUCCCCUACUGAUUCGGGCCUGAGUCUCUGUGAUACCUGUGGCUGUCGACACAUGGUAGGGGGGACAUGCGAAACCUGUGGUGAUAUAUGUGGCUUCAAGGAGAGUGUUCACUGCAGGUCCCUGGUUAUGGAAACAUCUCUUGUGUUUGGAGGGGGAGGGGAGACCCCAAAGCCUGUCAAAAAACGGAGGCCCAAAGAGUAUCAGAGCCCGGCUGAGUCAGAGGCAGAGUUUACACAGAAGGAACAGAAAUCAACAGGACACAUUGAAGAGUCUCUUGCAAGAAGCUGUGUGAAGGAAGAGUGGAGUCAGAGAGACAUCCGGGUUUCUGGGGAUGAGCUGGGAGAACCUUGGUCAUGGAGUACAUACCUGGACGAACUGAAAUGCAUUGCCGCCCCACUCAAUUUGUUCCGGGAGUGGCAGUUGGGCGCCCAACACAAGAACAGCUUUAAAGUAGGGAUGAAGCUAGAGGGGAUCGACCCUCAGCACCCCUCCCUCUACUUCAUUCUGACUGUAACUGAGGUGUGUGGGUUUCGAAUACGGCUGCAUUUUGAUGGCUACUCUGACUGCCAUGAUUUCUGGGUGAAUGCUGACUCCCCAGAUAUCCAUCCUGCAGGCUGGUGUGAGAGGACAGGGCACAAGUUACAGCCACCGAAAGGGUACAAGGAUGAAGAUUUCAGCUGGACCAACUAUCUGAGGCAAACUAAGGCUCCUGUGGCCCCAAAACAUCUCUUUGUCACCCCAAAAAUCGGGGCACCGCCUUCCUUGUUUCGGGUCGGAAUGAAGCUGGAGGCCGUGGACAGAAUGAACCCAUCGCUAAUCUGUGUGGCCAGUGUCACUGAUGUCAUUGAAGAUCGAUUCCUUGUGCACUUUGACAACUGGGGGGACACAUACGACUAUUGGUGUGAUCCCAGCAGCCCAUAUGUCCAUCCCGUUGGCUGGUGUGAGCAGCAUGAGAAGAUACUAACACCCCCUCAAGAUUAUCCUGACCCUGAAGGCUUCUCGUGGGGUAAAUAUUUAUCUGAGACAAAAACAGUCGCAGUGCCAGCUCAAGCCUUUCAUCCGCGCCCUCCUCAUGGGUUCAAAGUUGAUAUGCGGCUGGAGGCAGUGGACAGGAGAAGCCCCUCGCUGAUAUGUGUGGCUUCUGUGGUGGAGGUGGAGGAAUUCCGGAUAAAGGUUCACUUUGAUGGUUGGAGUCACAUGUAUGAUUUUUGGCUGGAUGCUGACCAUCCGGAUCUCCAUCCUGCAGGCUGGAGUCAGCGAACAGGCCAUCCCCUUCAAACACCCCUCAGGUGCAGAGAUGUCUCCAACAUGUCUCCCGGGCCCUGUGUAUCCCUCAGCUGUAAGGAGAUGUCACACACAAGGAACAACAAAUACGGCUUGCAGCACAGAAAAUGCCCCACUCCAGGCUGCGAUGGUUCAGGCCAUGUGACGGGAAGGUUUACAGCUCACCACUGCCUGUCCGGCUGUCCUCUGGCUGAUCGGAAUCAGAACCCAACAAGGAGCAGGAAUCCCAUUCCGUUUCCUUCCCGUAGGAAAUCCCGACACCACGGCAGGAUUGGCCGUCCUCCCAAGUAUCGCAGGGUCCAACAGGAUAGCUAUCAAGACCCAGUGCACCAGUCUUUUUUUAUGUCUGCCCUUUCUGUGCACCCGGACCGUGCCCACUCUCACUGUUGGGAGCAGCACUGCCGCCUCCUGCCUGGUGUGGCUGGAAUCAGCGCUAGCACUGUGUCUAAAUGGAGCACCGAAGAGGUCUUUAGCUUUGUACAGACACUGACUGGUUGUGAAGACCAGGCCAGAUUAUUCAGAGAGGAGAUGAUAGAUGGGCAGGCACUACUACUUCUCACCCAGACUGAUAUUGUGAAAAUCCUGUGCAUUAAACUGGGACCUGCAGUCAAGAUCUACAACUCUAUUCUUAUGUUCAAGAACACAGAAGAGUCGGCUGAUUGAGCAGAGAACCCAAGUGGGCCUUCCCAGCCAUAAAUCUCAUGUCAUUGCCAUAGUCAUGUGAGGGUGCCGUCCUGGUAUACUAAACAGUGCCAUAUCUUCCAGAAAAACUGCAUUUGUGUUAACUAAUGCCAGUCUCUGUUGCAUCUUGAUAGUGGCAACCUCAGCACUAGGGCAGUGAUGACGCAUUUGGCAUUUGGCCCCCAUUGUAGUUCCGCAUAUGUCGGUAUGUUUCUUUCAUUAGGAGGUAUUGCAUUGCAAUCCUAUCAGUACGAAAGCUCAUUUACAGCCAUAAUAAUUCAAACAUUGCCCAUUAUACCAGGAGCUGUAGGUACUCCUUCUUGCCUGGAUGGAAGGCACUUGCUAAAUCCAACCACUAGGUGGCGCUCACAGACUGUGAGUGUCCCUCAGUAGAGGCCAGACUUUGGAAAUUGCAGUGGAACAAGUUUACUGACCUGUUUCCAAACGCAAAGAAUUCCAAUGCAUGAAUGAAUGAGUGAAUAGUCUCUGUGCCUACGAACCCAUAAUUAGCCGCUGUGCAUUUAAUGAUCAGUGACCUCCCCUCCCUAAAUGCUUCUUUCCAGCCUGUUCUGGUAGCUAUUCUGUUCCCUCCAAUGGAUUGUCAUUUUGUAUAUCUGCUGAAAUGCUUUAUAAAUAAAAGAUAUCUCUAUAUAUAUUACCUUCA